UCUUCAAAUAGUCUAUUGUUUGCGUCAGGGUUUCACCUUGACGUGAGUCUUAUAAGCAGCUAAAUUUUGUCAAUUGACACUUCAUUUGUGGACAUGACUUGUGACAGGACGAUGGGUUCACUCAAAAACGGAUCAGAGCAGUAACUCAGUGUGUACAGUUCCAAAGAUCACUGCGUUCGGAGGGAACACCCCAAAUGCUAUCAUCAUCAGUGCGUGAGGCACGAUUGCUAUAACUACAUGUACACUACUCUCCAACAGCCAGUACUAAACUCUGAAAGAACUGCAGUUAUACUCGGGAAUACAUUUGGAGGUUCUUUCCUUUUUCGUGAGAGAAGGAGCAGUCUUGUGUAGGAGAGAAAACAGCUUAAAUAUUUAAGAAUGGGGUUUUCUACCAAGUAUCUGCCCUAUGGCUCGAUGGUGUCCGCUUUCCUGGUGUACUGUGGAGUAGGCUUGUUCUGUGGAGCAUCCCUGACUGCACUGAACAACACGGAGGAUAUGUUCAAGAAAACAGAACUGGAGUGGAAGCUGGUAAUUCCUGCUCUGAGGAUCACCGUCUACGCCAUGACCCCGGUGAUGGUCCUCACAGCAUUCAUCUACAUCAUUCUAGGCUACGCGGCAACCAAACAGAGCAAAGUUCAAGUGUACGACGACCAAGACGUCUGCUGUGGGGGGAUGGGGUGUGUUAGUCUGGCGCUCUAUAUUUUGUACCUUCUGACUUUCAUCUGGCUCGUUCUUGGUGGCGCUUGCACUAUCCCCGUGAUCUUUACUUACAUGGUGAGCAUGUACACGUCUUCAAGUGCCGAUGCUGACGGGAAUUUGCCCGCUUUACUGUGUGUGAAUCUCAGUCAGUAUGGUUUCGUCAAUGUUGAAUCUACAGUGAAUACAGAGCUUUGUGGCACAACAUUGAAAGAAUUUGGAGAUCUGGCAGGAGAAGCUUUUGUCAUGUACUGCAUACUGUUGGGAGGCUGCGCCCUCGUGUUAUUGGGCCUGGUUCACUUCCUGAUGUGUUUGUCGGCAAACUGGGGCCACGUCAAGGACGGCCUGAAGCGUCGCGACUACGAGUCCCGCCGACGGCAAGAGGAAGCCGAACUCCACGAAAUGGGCACAAGCUCCUCCCUAUCCCGCGUUCCCCGGGCUAAAGUCUACGACACCAGCAUGUCCCAGGUGGCUUAUAACCCCCAGCUGCCCCCGAUCGGUGGGUUCGGGGAGCAUCAGCCCUCCCACAGACACCCGUCGCAGCCGACGCUAUCCACAGAGAGACUCGUUAAUGAUUAUUACUAAGGGGGAGGGGAUGAUUAACAGUGGUCAGUCAGCUGGGAUAGUUCAAAGGUGGUUGUUGGCCGUCAUCAUCUUGGAAGCUUGGAUUGUUUUUCUUUCUUCACUGCUGAGUUGAAACCAAAACAAAAUACUGUUUAUAUGAACAACUAUAAGAAUUUCACAUAAGGUCCUGCACUUGUAAUACUUCUCAUGUUCCGUGCAGGCAUGGUUCGAGACUGAACAUGAAGGGAGUGUUAAAACAUCUCUUAGGAGGAAACCCAUAUUUAUAUCCAUGGAGCUUUGUCUAUAAUGUGAGCAGUAGAUUCAAGGGAAUUCUUAUUUUUGCCAAAUGUAACUUUUUGGGCUCAGACAUGUAUUGAUAUAUUGCACAUAGUGUUUUAAUUUAAUUUACAAAGGGCUUCUUACAACUCACUUUUACUCAGCCGUCAAAUAUGUGUAGUUUAUUGCUUAGGUGAGGCUUUUAAGUUAUAGUCACAGUCCGAGUUUCAGUGUGUUAUGCAGCAGUGAGCUGUUAUUUUGGCCAGCCAAGACCUAUGGUUAUACAAAUCUAGCCCUAACCAACCUAAAUCUUUCAAAAUCCACAGCCAGAUUCAGCAGGAUUUUGAUGGAUUUUGGUUUGGGCCAAACAAUUAUUAUCUGGGCUUGUGACCUCACUGUGUUUAUAUUUUAGAAUAGUGUGCCACUGCUUAUUGUUGCGCUUUGUCAAAAUUGGGAAGGUUCUUUGAAGGAAAACCUUAGGAUUUAGUGAAGUAUUUGGUAAAUGUGCAUUUCAGCCGAGAGUCUACUUUAUUCUAUCAGAAGAUUUCAUAUUUUCAUCGAUUUGCUCGUUGACAGCCCUCUCACCAUAAUCAGAUACUAUUUUUAUACUGCAAGUAGUACUAUUUUUAGCUUCAUAUUUUUCGAUGUAGGAAAAAUAAAAUUGUGUACCUGAUGUAUAUUGUUAAAAAUACAACCUGCAUGUGCAUGUAUAUACUUGCGGUACCAAUUCACAUGUAGUCUCAUGUUAAUUAAUACACAUGUGCUUUAAUCUGGAUGUAAUGAUGUAAAUUUCAAUUAUAAGCUUACCCACCUUCAAGAUUUUCACGUGACCAAAUCAGGAUGAUCCAAAAUACUUGUGUAAUUAAUUAAUACAGCGAUAAGACAAAGUAAUAUUAAGUUUGUAAAUAAGACUGAGGAACAUUGAUGUAUAAAUAAUUUUUUUACAAGAAUUGCCAACUUGAUUAAUGUAGAUGUGUAGAACAAAUAAGUGUACAAAAUUAUAUGAGUACUAUAUUCAAGUGAAGUCUUACAAUAAGGAAUUAUCUUUUAAAUUUUCAAAUUGUAUCUGGUGACUGCAUGACGAUAUUCUAUUAACACAAGGUAGUAAUCAGAAGUUUGCGUGGAUUUAUGAGUUGAGGCUGACAUUUGUAGACUGAAUGAUUUUAUGGAUAUCUACUUUUCUUUCUGAUAUCCAAGAAAAGAAUAAUCAAUAUGAUUGUUGAGAGUACACUGAGUAGAAAGUCUUAAUUAUGUAUUAAUAUUAGCAAAAUUAUUUGAAGUUCAAAUUUUAUGGCAGCAAUAGUUUUCAAACUCAAAGUUAGUUUGUGGCCUUUACCACGCCCUAUUCCCACUGAUUUUAAUAUACAUGCAUUCAUUGAUUUGCAUAUUUGCAUAUUAAUUGUUGGUUUAAAUCUACGCAUAUUCAUGUACCGAGUGGUUAACUGCAAAACUUGUCCAGUAAGAGUGAGAGAUUCCAUAAGUGUGGCAACCCCCCCCCCCAUAUUAAUUAUUUGUUAAUGUGUGAGUAACUGUAAAUUAUUGAAGCAUUUUUUUCUUCAAAAGUAUUCAAAGCAGUAUACAAUUCAUAUAUGAAAGCAAAUAUCUGAAAUGAAUUAUAUCCCACCUUUUGGCAUAAGUAAAUUGUCAUUUGUGCUACAUGAUAUUUAAAUAAAGCUUUAUAAUAUAAUGAUAUAUUGAAUUAACUUUUUAGAGAUCCUUGUGCUGUGAUCAGUUGUAUUAUUUGGGAAAUAAAACCACCUUGAUUGUUGGAAUUCGG